AUGUCUGCCAACGAUUGUUAUGAAACAUUGAAAUCAUCUCGACAGCCCGGGUGGAAACAGGACUAUCAGUUUCUAUUAAAUCAACGACAAACCCCGCAAAUUGGAUUCAUGGGCCGAGAAGAUCAAGCAAAUAUUCAACUAGAAAAAAGACGAAGGGCAAGGCAAAUUUGUGUUGAAAAGAAAAGAAAUCUCACGAAUACCCAAAUAGUCCAGAUAUUUAGUGAUGAAAGCAGUAAUAUAUCUGAGUCGACUGAUGAAGACAUUGAAGACUUCAUUCCUGAUCGAACUUCAACACCACAUCCGUCUGUAAUAACUAUUGACCUACCAACAAGAUCAAUACUAAAAGACAUUUCACAAACUUCAGACCGAUGUAAUGUCAGCAUCAGAGGUCAGGUAGCUAUGGCAAGCGCACUUAUAAGAAGUGGAGGAGGAAAUCUCUUGGAUGUUUCCUUGUCAAAAUCAACUGGUCAUCGUCACAGAAAAAAACAAAGAGAAGAAAAAGCAAGAGAGAUUUUUGAUGAAUGGAUGGCAAACAAGCCAAAAUUUGUUGUCGUCCAUUGGGAUUCAAAGAUGAUUACGAAACUAAACGGUCAAAUGAAUGAGAGAGUGGCUAUUCUCGUCAGCGGCAAGCCACAUUUGGAAGCUCCCAAGCUACUCGGCGUUCCAAUUAUUUCAGACUCAACUGGGUUAUCCCAAAAGAAUGCUGUUGUCAAUCUUUUAUCAACAUGGGAAGUCACCGAUAAUGUUAUUGGGUUGGUUUUUGACACCACCGCCUCGAAUACUGGAAUUCAUCGUGGAUGUGCUACGCUAUUAGAACAACAACUGGGACGUGCAGUUUUAUGGCUAGCCUGUCGCCAUCACUUUUACGAGUUACAUAUUAAACACGUCUGGUCUGCCGUAAUCGGCGAUUCUAAUAGUCCCAUCGAACCGCUUUUGAAAAGAUUUCAACAAGAAUGGGAAAACUUGGAUCGCGAUACACACAAUCUCUGUUUAUUUGAAUGGCCCGAUGACGAAGAGUCGUUUUCUUAUCAACAAGGAAGAAAAGUGUUAGAUUGGGGUCAGUCUCAUCUAGCAUCUCAGAGUUUUCCUAGAGAAGACUAUAGGGAGUUGAUCGAGUUGACCGUGAUAUUUCUAGGAGGGACUCUUCCUGCGGGAAGAAAUUUCCAGUUUCGAAAACCAGGCGCUCAUCAUAGAGCCCGGUUUAUGCACAUAGCAAUUUACGCAUUAAACAUGCAAAUGCUGUCUGAACGUUUUCAACUGGAUCAAAAUGAACUUUCUCAAAUUAAAACAAUAUCGGAUUAUAUUGUGUUGUUCCAUAGUAUGGCGUUUUUGCGCUCCCGUCUCGCUAGUUGUGCACCUACGGUUGACCUUCAAUUCAUAGGAGGAAUGUGUCAAUACCGGGAAGAUGGUGAAUCACAAAAAAUAGUAGCGGAUGCUGCGCUAUCGUCUUGCAAAAAACACCUUUGGUAUUUAACGGAGGAACUUGGCAUUUUAGCAAUUUUUGAUGGAAGGAAUUCUCAUUUCUGGCGAACAAUGAUGAUAAACAAACUGAAAAAGAUUCCACGUCCUACAUCAUUUGUUUCAGCCAAGCCGAAAAUGCCACAGUUUGAGAAUACUAUUCCUACCUUGAUUGACCUCAUCGGCCAGCGAUCAUGGCUCAUUUUCCAUCUUCUACGUUGCACAAGCAAAGAAAUAGAGUGGAUGCAAUUUGAAUCAUCACACUGGGAAAAAUUUGAAGACUACAGAUUUCUUCGAGACAUCAUCAAUGGAAUGGAAGUAGUAAAUGACAGCGCGGAGCGCGGAGUUAAGCUGAUUACCGACUUCAGAAAUGUUGUCCAUAAUGAAGAACAACAACAGUUUUUACUUCAAGUUGUUGAAAACCAUCGUCAACAAGUAUCUUUAAAUGGGAGAAAAGAACACAAGUAUUCUGGAUACGCCAAGUAUCGCGAGUUGUUUUCUUUAACGCAUGCGCGUCUUCUCUGGUGGUUUGAAUCGGAUGAAGACAUUUACAACCCAACUCCGCAUCAAACCGAUUUUUACACUGAAAUAACACAGGCUGAAAUGGACAACCGUCUCGCCGCUCGUUCGACUUGGAACGAAGUUUUGACUUCGUUCGACAUGGAACACCCAGGGCCAGAAGAUUUUCACUUGUUGCGGGAAUUUUCCCAUAGCUUAGUUUCCCUUCUCGAGUAUGUCGAGGAUCAACUAAACGAAGAGUGA